CCCGGAACGACCGCCUCCGCGUGUUCAGUGAUUUGUGACAUCGGGGCUUAAGGUGGUCAACACCUCUCGACUCGUAUAAGGUGGUGAUGGGGGAGGGUGGAGACGCAGUAGCGACGGCCAUGUUGAGAUGAGGAACCGUCCCGACUUCCUCUAUUUACUGCUGAUCACCCUACUUACAGGAUGUUCAGGGAAUCCGGAUGCGAAGCGGCUGUACGACGAUCUUCUCUCGAACUACAACAAGCUCGUCCGCCCUGUUAUCAACGUCACAGAUGCGCUCACUGUCAAGAUCAAGCUGAAACUUUCUCAGCUGAUAGAUGUCAACCUGAAGAACCAGAUAAUGACAACGAACCUCUGGGUGGAGCAGUCAUGGUACGAUUACAAACUCCAAUGGGAUCCGAAAGAAUACGGCGGCGUAGAAAUGCUCCACGUACCUUCAGAUCAUAUAUGGCGACCUGACAUCGUCUUGUAUAACAACGCCGACGGAAAUUUUGAGGUGACCCUCGCGACGAAAGCAACGCUCAACUACACCGGCCGAGUCGAGUGGAAACCCCCUGCCAUUUACAAGUCUUCCUGCGAGAUCGAUGUUGAAUAUUUUCCGUUCGAUGAGCAGACCUGCGUCAUGAAGUUCGGCUCUUGGACGUACGAUGGCUUCCAGGUCGAUCUCAGACACGUGGACGAGGUGAAGGAUUCGAACGUAGUUGCCAUAGGAGUGGACCUUUCCGAAUUCUACACGUCCGUUGAAUGGGACAUUCUCGAAGUUCCUGCCGUCAGACACGAAAAGUUUUACACUUGCUGUGAUGAACCCUACCUGGACAUUACGUUUAAUAUCACUAUGCGGAGGAAGACGCUUUUUUACACCGUCAACCUCAUCAUACCCUGCAUGGGGAUCUCCUUUCUGACAGUGCUAGUCUUUUAUCUGCCAUCCGACAGCGGUGAAAAGGUUAGUCUUUCCAUAUCCAUCCUCCUAUCGUUGACUGUGUUCUUCUUGCUGUUGGCUGAAAUUAUUCCACCUACCUCACUCGUUGUGCCUCUCUUGGGGAAAUUUGUACUUUUCACAAUGAUUUUGGAUACGUUUAGCAUAUGCGUUACGGUGGUGGUGUUGAACGUGCACUUCAGGUCGCCGCAGACGCACACGAUGUCACCUUGGGUAAAAAGGGUGUUCAUCCACAUUCUGCCCAGGCUGCUUGUCAUGAGACGGCCUCAAUAUCAAAUCGACCGGAGAAGCAACGGUUACUAUUUGUCGGACAGUGUCACCGGAUCGCAGAGGAUAAUGGUACGGACGUGCAACGGGCUGGAGCUGAGGGACCCCUCUUUGUACACGCACGACUCCGCGUCCAGGCUGGUCGAGGGCUCCCAGGAGGGUUUCCCGCCUCUCGAAGACCUCGACUAUCCGGGGGCGCCGAGGUUCGCGGCCGGGAGCGGUCCGUCCGGGAUCGAGGACACAGAACGAGGGGUGUUCGUCGGCGAAGAGUGUUUCGAGGUGACCAGGGCGAGGAGGGAGAUGGAGUUGUCCGGCGGGCUCAGCGGUUCCAGCUGCAGGAUACACGGUUCCCCGGCUCUGCCGCCCCUUCCGGACGACAUCCCUCCUCCGGCCUGCGGAUCCGUCUCCAGGCUCCACUGGCACCACUGCCCGGAACUGCACAAAGCGAUCGAUGGCGUCAGGUUCAUAGCCGAUCAUACAAAACGGGAAGAAGACUCAACAAGGGUGAAGGAAGAUUGGAAGUAUGUAGCGAUGGUGCUGGAUCGCCUCUUCCUGCUCAUAUUCACGCUCGCCGUGCUCGUCGGUACCGCGGGGAUCAUCCUCCAGGCACCGACGCUCUACGACGACCGGAAACCGAUAGACGUCACCCUUUCUGAGAUCGCGUCCACCACUGCCAAGCCGCACGUCGCCGCCGUCCUUUAGGCCGGUCAACGGGCCCUCGAGGAUUCCUACACGCAAACGCUUUCAGCCGUUUCAAAUUUGUUCCGGGGGAUUGUUCGUUCAGAGGCAAGUUCCCGCCUCGGAGGUGGGAAAAACAAACCCACGGGGGGAUCGAGGCCUUGCACAGCCAGACUUUACUGGUUUCUUUAAUUUUUGUAUUAAGUAUUCUUUCAAACAGAAAAUUAUAGACCACGACUAACGACCAAGCAGUCUGGACCUUUAGUUUUGCCGUUCGAAAAUUAUUUGUUGCGUUGUGCAAUUUUUUUUUAAUAACCUCCAUUUGAAAAAAGCUGUUAAACUUGAUAAAACACAAAUAUUAAUAGAUAAUCUUUAACAUAAACAUGUAUUAGAUGGACAAGAAAAAAAAACUAGUUUGUUAGCGACGAAAAAAUUACUUUUGUCUUAGGAUCUCGAUUUAUAUUAUAU